AUGCUCGCAAUGCAGACCAACUACCCUCCUUCUUUACCUGCCGAGAAUGAAUCAACCGCCUCCUCUGUGACCCCAACUUCCCAAAGUCGUGGUGCAGCCCCUCCAACCCCCGGAGUGAUCCCAAAUUCAAGUACUCCCCGAUACCCACCCACAACUUCUAUCUCGGUGCCAUUUGCAGGGCAAUCUUCUCUGGAUGCCCCAUUCAACAGAGUCCCUCCAUCACAGCCCAACGAUUCCUCAAACUCUCUAAAUGAAGUCCUACAUAGAUCCCUUAUGGCCUCGUCGUUUGCGUCUUCAAACGAUCUGAGCGACCAGGCAAUACCAAGAGCCCAUUCAAAUGGGAAACCCUUUGAUCUCAAUGCUCUUAGGGAGGCAGCAAAUAGGGAGAAGAAGCUUUUUGAACAAAACGCACCCUCAGAAAGGAAGGAUGGCAGUAUGGGAGGGUAUGAUUUCCCCUUCCAUAUGCCCCCCUCCCACUCCAACCAAUGGCCAAAUCAUCAAGAUGGUAAUCAGUCAGUCCAAGCUGUACCUGAAACCGGCACCUCAGCUAGUAACACCAAAUUGGGUUCGUUUUCGCCAAAUGUGGGAAUGCUACCCUACGCUAAUAGCGGAUCAUCCAAAGAUCUAGAUUACUUCCUGGCAGCAAAUGCUGCUAGAGCUUUGGCGAAUCAUUUAGGUGGUGGAAAUAGUCAAUCUUCUUACUCCAGUAACGUGGGGCAGCCUUCGGAUGAUCGGGCAAAAUCACCCUCCAUGGGAUUCCGGGAUAUCAUGAACUCAAAUAUCCCACCUCAGCAGCAAACCUCAUCAAUGGAACCUCUAUAUGCACACCAGAGAGAUAGAUCUAGUCCUACAAGAAAUUCCUUUGGGCUUCCGUCACUUGGAAUGUCUGGUGGAGCACCUCCAAACAUGUCCGUACCCUUCAACAGUUCACCACUGUCGUUUUCAGUCCCACCUCAUUUUCGUCAAAACAACUUGAACUACCCACCUCGUCCAUCGCAUCAUCUGCUUCCACCGAAUCCAUUCGGAAGCUUGGAUCCAGGAUUUGCAGAUAGGAUGAAGGACUACUCCAAUCCCCACCACCUCAUCGAUCCAAGGUACUCAGCUGGAGGUCCUAUGUCUAGGCUUCCAAGGUCUGCCUCGCCCAUGGACGGUGAUGUCCGAGGAGGGGGAAUAAUAGGUGAUUCCACAAUGAGUGACGCAUCUCCUAAUAGUUCUUCCAGUGGAAAGUUUGUUUCCCCUCAUGGUCAACCAGGUGGAGGUUCUGGUAACGGUGGAAAUAUUGUACUCUAUCCAUGGAUGAAUCCUAAGAGUUGUGAACUCGGAAUUGAAAACAAACGCACGCGUCAAACCUACACUCGCUAUCAGACUCUGGAAUUGGAAAAAGAGUUCCAUUUCAAUAAGUAA